AUGGGGGAGUGGGUUAUUGGAGCUUUUAUCAAUCUUUUUGGCAGCAUUGCUAUCAACUUUGGGACGAACCUUCUUAAAUUGGGUCAUAAUGAGAGAGAGAGGCAUUCAAUGCAAGACAAUGUGGGAACAAGUGGGAAGAUUCCUUUGAAGCCUAUCAUAUAUUUCCAGACGUGGAGAGUUGGUAUUCUAUUUUUCUUUUUUGGGAAUUGCCUUAAUUUCAUUUCCUUUGGAUAUGCUGCUCAGUCGCUUCUUGCAGCAUUGGGAUCUAUUCAAUUUGUAUCAAACAUUGCAUUUGCUUACUUUGUGUUGAACAAAAUGGUCACUAUCAAAGUUCUGGUAGCCACAGCCUUUAUCGUUCUUGGAAAUAUAUUUCUUGUUGCUUUUGGCAACCAUCAGUCUCCUGUGUACACAACAGAGCAGUUGGCAGAGAAAUACAGCAAUAUGACAUUCCUCUUUUACUGUCUGGCAUUGAUACUUAUUGUUGCCUUGCACCACUACAUUUACAGGAGAGGAGAAAUUAUACUUGCCGUUUCAGGACAAGAUCUUAGACCUUAUUGGCAAAUGGUCCUUCCUUUCUCCUAUGCUGUAGUUUCGGGUGCAGUAGGAUCAUGCUCAGUAUUGUUUGCCAAAUCUCUCUCCAAUCUGUUAAGGUUGGCCAUGUCUAGUGAUUAUCAGUUGCACAGCUGGUUUACUUACUCCAUGCUUCUUUUAUUUCUUAGUACAGCGGGAUUUUGGAUGACGAGGUUGAAUGAAGGAUUGGCACUCUUUGAUGCAAUUCUCAUUGUGCCAAUGUUUCAGAUUGUUUGGACUUUCUUUUCCAUUUGUACAGGAUUUGUAUAUUUUCAGGAAUAUCAGGUAUUUGAUGCACUAAGGACGACAAUGUUCAUAAUAGGGAUGACAUCCGUUUUCAUUGGAAUUUCUUUGCUUGCACCUGAUGAGUCUAAAGGUGGAGAAGUCAAAGAUAAUGCAUCUUUAGUUUCAGUUGUGUCUUCAAGCAUUUCAACUGAAACAGACAGGCUGGUCAUCUCAUCUGAAGAUGCACAAAGUAAAGAUCCCAGAUCACUCGCGCAAGCAAUGGUUAUAAAAAUUAAAGAGGUGUUAGCCAAGGCAAAGACUGCUUGUUCAAUAUCGCUAGGUUUUGGAGAGGAUUCAAUCAAUGCAUCUGCUGUUCUUGUGAUGCCCAUGGUGUCUUCAAAAAUAACUGGCUUCAGAGGAACUGUCUUUGACCGACCUAAGUUUUUUUCCCUAAAAAAUUCUGGUUGGAGUAAGAUUUCAAUGGAUGAUGGUGGUGUAAAAGUGUUAGAAACAAACCCAGUGCUUCCUCAAACCCUUUGA